UAGUUUUGUCGUGCCUGAAAACUGGAUUUUCUUGUGAAUGUUUUUUGGUGUUUAGUUAAUUUUCUAAACCGCACAAAAUGAUGUAAUUUGUUUUUCGAUGUAUGCUGAAUGGAAAGCCUCGAAGAAAGACAAAGCAACAACGGCGCUGAAGACAAAAUAACGACCUUUGCGUCGCCUACUGUUUUGGCCGCCAUAUUGGAUGAAGAACCGUCGGAUGAAGAUGUUAUUCGUAGCAUGGUCGCGUCCAGUGGUCAGGAAGAACAGACGGAAAGGGUCACUGAUAGUUUGGAGUCUUCAUUAAACGAUUCCCUCGAGUUCUCAAAGCCUGGAGAAUUAAACGAACCCAAACGAGUUGAAUCCACCAAGAUGAAAAUCGAGCCUUCGCAGGUAGAGACUUCGGAAGACAUUUCGGAUAUUCCCAAGAGUUCUACUCCGCUACUAAAUGACAACAUGAAACACAGCAAAAAAGUCGGAAAGCCUAAACCGCGAAAGCCACAGCACAUUAUAGAAAGAAACAAAGAGAGGGUUGGGAAGAAGGUUCCCGAGAGGACUGGCUAUGCUCAAGUUCACGGAAUGAGGACGAUAAAAAAGGUCGAAAAAAUCAAAGAAAAAACUAGAAACCAAACCGAAGAAGCUGCUGCGAAUGUACCUGGCUCAGGCUUAGAGAGUCAGUCACAGCAUUCUCACAAAAUCAGUGAUGAUUUUAAUAGCCAAAACUCUGUAAGUCCAGUUCACUAUGAUAAUGAUCAAAACUUACUUGGAGACAGCUCUCUAGAGAAGUCACUUGACACAUAUCACAGUCAUUCACAUGGUCCCUACUACGAUGUCAGCCAAGACUUUGGCUCAUACUAUAAUCCUUUAGAAUCAAAUUAUUCAGAUCUAGUUGGUUAUAGCAGAGGAUACCAAAGUGCUGCAGCAAACUCAAGACAGAGGCAUUCAAUGGCUGGGUCUUUUCAACCAACACAUUAUAACUCUCUCUCCACCCAGUCUGCACCCCCAGGUGUUUACGGUUACCAGCGUACACCUCUCAUCUCCAGUGUACAUAAUUUGCACGAAGAAGAUUAUAAUUCAUCAUCAGCCUUAUCUGACACUGAUUUUCAAAAUUUACAAAAAGCAAACAAAUUCCCAGAAUCCAGUUUACACAGGAAAUUUUCCUCAGAACCGUACUUAGCAAAUCCAAGUUCUUUAUCAUUACAUGGGAUGGCAGAUGCUGACAGAAGCAGUAAAGCAUCAGGAAGUUAUUCCAGCUUAAGACAACCAUUGUUUCAGUACAAACCAUACAGCUUAAAGGACUACAGAAAUUUUGUUGGCUCUGAGGUUGAGCGGCCUGCUGGUGGCUUAGGACCAAACAAUGACACUGAUGACUUUAAAGAGAAGAUGAGAAAAGUCAGUAAGCAAAGAGAGUAUGCAGCAAUGCUGAGGGCCCAGCACUCAACCAUGAAGAAACAGCAGGAGAAAAAAGGAUCAAUUCAACAGCCAGUUAAACCUAAACAUAUCAAGGAGGCAGAGGCAAAACGACAAGCUGCUUUGACCUAUGCCAAGAAUGUCCCUAAACCAAAACAGAUGGUAAGCAGGAGGAGAGGUAGUCCAAGAAUGAGUGACACUCAAGCUGAUGAUGACCAGGAAAUUACAAUACUCGAAAUAUUGAGACUGAGACAUGAAAAAGAGAAAAAAGAAGUUGACACGAUAAGGAAAGAUCUUGCUUCUAAAAUACGACUCUAAUGCAUACACCACCUGUAAAUGUUUGUAGGUUGAUGCAAUUUGUGUAUUGGGUGAAUAACAUCCUUAGGCAUCAUUAGAAAGAGAGAUUUUUUAGGAAGAGGGAUAUGUAGAUAGAUUAGAAACUGCUGUGCUAAAGAAACAGUGGAAGUUCUACCAGUGCAGGCCAUGUGAUUAUACCACAAAAUAAACAAAAAAUGAUUUUAGUAGUAUCUAUAUGAGGUAACUGGGAUGCAUCUUUCAAUGUGGCAUUGUACCUAGAAAUCUGAGCCUUGAUCAUGAGUGCUGAAAGAAAGUGUCUAGUUAAAAAAAAAAUACAUAUAUUAUGGACAGCAUUCAGUGUAACAAUCAUAUUUGUGUGGUGUGAGGUUCUGAACAGUCUCGUUUGAACUUAAACAAGCAUAAAUUCAUAAAUUGUGAUUCAAACAAAUAUAACAAACAUUUUGAGGGCCCUUUGACAGACAUAACUUGCCAAGGUAGUCUCAAAUAUUGUUCAAAAGCACAAAGUGAAAGACAGGAAGAUUGAAAAAGAUACAAGUAAUUAUCCAUUCAGUCAAUUGACAUUUUUUUUAUUACUGGUAAUAACAUAUUUCAGUUGUGCUCUAUCCAAUAUAAACAGAACCCAGAUUAAAAAUUUUCAAAGGUGACAAACUAGUCAAUGCUCUGAAAACCAAGUAAUUUAUUUUGUUAUUAAUUUUAUUUAUUUUAUUGAAUCUAUUGCAAAGUUUCUGUACAUAUUGGAUCAUACAUGCAUGUAACAUGCAUCUUUUAAAGAGUGCCAUGUAUUAAAGUUUCCCUAUGUUUUAAAAAAAGCCUAUUAAAAGAUUGUAACUGUAAAUACAUAAUUAUGUUUGCAAACAAGAGAAUCUUUAUUACAAACUGAA